AAUUUCUUUAGUAUAAAUUGUAAUUUCCAUCUAAUAUUUUUUAUUUCUACAGAUUUGCUGAAAAUAUUGAAAAUACAUACUCUUUAAUAUUGUUAAUAAUGGUACUUUAUUUUGGGGUUGUAUUUUGCUUAAACGGCUUUUUAUUUACUGUUUUUCUUACUAAUAAAAAACAAGUUGAAAUAGUUGCCACAAAAAUGUACUAUUCGACAGCUCUUUUUAUUGCCUUAUUGAUGAAUACUCUUCUCUAUUGUAGUGCAGGAGAGCUUGUAACGGAGCAAUGCAAUGCAGUAUAUCAUGCUCUGUGCGAUCUUGAAUGGUACAAAUUGGAACCAAGAAAGGCGAGAAAUCUUAUUUUGUUAAUGAUGCGAACCCGUCAUCCUUUUCGCAUUACUGCAGGAAAAAUUAUUCCAUUAACAAUGGCUACUUUUUGUAGUGUAAGAUUAUUUAUCAUUUGUCUUAAAAUAUUAAUACGGUUUUAUGAUCAGUUCAAAACAUUUUAAGUAUUGUAUUACAUUUAAGUCGAUAUUAAAUAUAAGAACAGACUACGAUUAUUUGUCCAGGUGUAUAAAUUAAUUCAGUGCCUUUACGUUCGGUGUCUUAUAACUCUUUUAAAACUCUUUUAAAAUUAAAUAAUUUUUUGCUCUCUUGCAACUUGCAAGUGUCUUUCAUAUUUUUCAAAACAUUAUACAACGUUUGUCUCAAAAAUAAAUGUACUAAUUUUUUUAUGUACGAACAAUAAAUUCUUAGAUUGAUAAAUGUUUAAACAUAUCGAUAAAGUUGAGAAGGCCUAAACGGUCGCAGCUAGAUUUUGGUGCUGAUUAUAAUUUUUUAAUAUGUAUAUUAAUUUAAUAAGGUUAUAUAAACUGCGCGCUGACAAAUUCGUCAGUCUUAAAACAUAGUUGUAAGCUAAAUGUCGAUGUUUACUGGCAUCUUAUGGCGAUUUCGGUUGGAUGCAUCAGUGCGCACUAGUGCGCCCUCUUUUAGUGUUUCAUAUUCUGUUGGCUUGUAUUCAGAAUGGGAAAAACUAAACUGUAUUAAACGAGGGCGCACUGGUGCAUCCAACCGAAUUCACCAUUAGAAUUCCUCCUUUACCCGAAAAAUCUGAAAAUAAUUUAUUAUGAAAAAUAGUAUCUCAGCCGGGGUUCUUUAUGUAUGACUUAGGCAACGUAGCACAUGUUGAUGUAAUCGGCGCGUUGAGGGAGGGAGACUUUGGUUGUAUAUCCAUACAGUAGUUUUAAUUGGAUCAAUUGAGUCAAUGCGUUAUUGUGUAUAGUUGUGUUUUAUAAUCUCGUUAUGGUUGCCAUGCAGGAAAAUAUCGAAUAACGG